AUGCCAAAGUUGAUCACUAAAAAGUCCGCUCCCAAAUCAUUUGAAGGUUGCUUGACUUGUAGAUUAAAGAAGACCAGGUGUGAUAUGGCUAAGCCAGCUUGCAAAAACUGUCUUGAUAAGAAUAUUGAAUGUGGGGGAUUUGAUAUAAGUCUUAGAUGGUCUGAACCUUUGACAUUUGAUUAUAAACACAAGCCUCGCGGAGUAAAGUUUGAUUGCUCAAUGAUUACGAAGGAUGGUACGAAAAUAUUGCACCGACGUCGACCAAUCCCUCUAGCUAACUGGAAUGAUAAGUACCAAAGACUGUCUGAAUUUGAUUAUGAAUGUCUGUGUUUUGAUAAAUACGAAGAAAAUGAAUUUGGCCAAAAGAUGGAGCUCCACACUGAAGAGAUUGUUGGCCCGUUUACAGUUUUCAAAGCUAGACCUAACCAAGCCUCAAUUGAUACGUCUACUCGGGAUUAUUUUAAUAAAAAGGAGCCAAGUGAAUUUAUUAGUGAAAAGAUUCUCAUUAACUCAAGUAUGACGGGCAUUGAUACAUUUUAUUUGGAGCCAUAUAUUACCAAUUCCCCUUAUCAUAACCUUUCUUAUUCUGAACCUACCACGCCUUUCAUAAAUAUCUCUGAAGAUGAGGAGUUGGAAUUUUCUUGCACUGCAGCUAGUAUAGAUCAAUAUGAUGAAACUUAUGACUUGCAAGGUAUUCAGGAUACUUUUGGUAACAAGUCCUUUGUUCCUUUUCAAGAAAUCAAUCAAAUAGAUCAUAAUUUCCUUUCUCUAAGUGGGAUAUUUUGGGGUCAAGAAUCAAAUGAAGUAAAAAGAGAAACCAUGUCCAAUUUUAGCAGUCUACUGUCACUAAAAUAUGAAGAUCCAUCGUUAUUCAAGUUCAAAUAUUCUUUUAACAACUCAACAACUUCCUAA